AUGGGGUCGACGGGUUCAUGUCAUGAGGACAUAAGGACACGCGACGCUUGUGGCUCAGUAAUGCCAUUAAAAUCUCUAAAAAGGACUAAAGACUCACAGCCGGAAGAGCUUUUAUGCAAAUACUGUUCAAAGUUGCGGAAAUCCAAUCAGUAUUGUGGCAUCUGCAAGAGAAUAUGGCACCCUCCAGAUGAUAGAGAUUGGGUAUGUUGUGAUGGGUGUAACGUAUGGGACGGGUUCAUGCUGAAUGCGACAACAUUACGAAUGAGCGCUUUAAGUGUGGUUCAUGUGGGUCAAGGAAGCAGUCACCAAGUGAAUGGGAAAGGCAUACAGGCUGCAGAGCCAAAAAGUGGAAGUUUAGUACUUAUUAAGGGACCAACCAAGCAAUCAUUCGUUGGGUACGACGAAGCCAUCUCUCUGUUCGAUUACUUUUUCAACGAGUCUCAGACUCUCCCAAACAUGCUCUCCUGCAAUCUCAUCAUCAAAGCACACUGCGACCAAGGCAGCGUCGACCACGCUCUUGAGCUCUACCGCCACAUUUUGCUCGACGGGAGUUUAGCUCCAGGGAUCGAGACGUACAGGAUACUGACGAAAGCCUUGGUCGGUGCUAAAAGAUUAGAUGAAGCUUGUGAUGUAGUGAGAUCCAUGAGCCGCUGUGAUUUCGCCGUAUACGACAUUCUGAUUCGAGGGUUUCUGGAUAAAGGCAAAUUCGUAAGGGCUAGCCAAAUCUUCGAGGAAUUGAAAGGACCGAAUAGUAAACUUCCAUGGCGAAACUAUCACAAGGCGAUUGCAAUCUUCAACGUUUCGUUUAUGGACUACUGGUUCAAGCAAGGCAAAGACGAGGAGGCUAUGGAGAUUUUCGCAACUCUCGAACAUGCUGAAUUGCUCAACACCAUUUCCGGAAACGGAGUUUUGAAAUGCCUUGUGGAGCACGGUAGGAAAACAGAGGCCUGGGAAUUGUUCUUAGAUAUGAUAGAAAUCUGUGAUUCCGAGACGGUUGGCAUAAUAAUGUCCAAGGAGGGUUUUUUCGGCGAAAAGACUAUCCCGUUUGAGCGAGUGAGAAGAACGUGUUAUACCAGGAUGAUCGCGAGUCUCUGCCAACAAGGAAACAUGUUGGAGGCAGAGAAACUCUUUGCCGACAUGUUUGCCGACGUUGACGGUGAUGACUUGUUGGCAGGACCUGAUGUUUCAACAUUCAGAGCAAUGAUCAAUGGUUAUGUUAAGGUAGGGAGAGUCGAUGAUGCUAUCAAGACCUUGAACAAGAUGAAGAUUUCUAAUCUCAGAAAGCUUUCUAUUCAUCAAGCCACAUAA